AUGUGGUUCGUGAUGCAGAUGGUAGCGGUGCUGGCACUGUUUGUGUUGGCCGCGGUGGGCGCGUCGACGUUGAGAGCGGACCACGCCCCCCCGGACCACGCCCCCUCGGGCCUCGCCCCCUCCCUGGAGCCCGCCGACGGGCGUCGCGGCGCCCGGGCUUUCCGCAUCCCCGCGCCUUACCGGCCGCUGGUGCACAUCCGUACAGCGGCUGCAGAAGAAGACGCAACGCCGCCGCCUCCGGAGGCGGAGCGCAGGCGGGACGGGGGCGGAGGGGCGACGGCGGCGCAGCUGCUGGCCGGGGGCGGCUGCCGCCAGGGCGAGAAGUGCGACACCACGCCGCAGCACACGCAGGAGCUGAUCGAGAAGUUUCUGAAGGAAUUGGCGGCAUCUACGCGCGAUCGACCACCAGCACAGGUUGCUACACCAAUCAGGGACCAUGACAACAAGAUCGACCCCGGGAAUCGACUGCGGCCUUCGACCGAGGAACCCACCAACAGGUUGGCGAGCCUGUACCUGGACAAUGAGGAGGCUGGUGACAAAAGCAGCACCAGCAGUGAGUCCAGUGAGAGAGACACGGGCCCUGUCGAGGGUUCCGGUGAUGGCGACGGCGAGCUGGGCUCCAGCGAGCACAGCUGGAGUUUGCUGGAGUCCAAAAGCCACCGUCAUCCCUACGACGAUCGUGACGGCUGGGUGACGCUGGAGGCAGUGCCCUGGGCCGCUGCCAAGGUCGCUAAAUGGAAGCCCAACCCUGGCCGCCGACCACCCUGGGUCACGCUACAGAAUAGCUAUGGGGGCCAGCAGAGCAGUCCCCCCCACGAUCGCUGGGACCGGCCUCAGCCGACCUCCGUCUGGCACAGACCCGCCCCGGAGCGCCCCCCGGCUGUGAAGCCGUCACUGCCGGCAGACCCUUACGAAUACUUGGCGCAUCACCACGGCGACAUCGUCACCGACCAGCGCCCCCUACACCGGCCCCUCUGGGCGCCCCCUCCCGGCAGUGCCGAGAUCGGAGAGGGUGGUGGCGGCAGUGUGUACGGCCUCUCCCAACCCCACCACCAGCAGCACGGCCCUGCCAGACCCGGCUACAUUUUCCCAGAAGAGCCCUCGGGGCUGGACUCGCUUCACCGGCACCACUACCAUCAGCCCCACCACCCUCCCAGCUACCCGGGUGAGGCGGACGGUGAGUGGGUGCUACUGUCCAGCACGAAGGGCUACUCCCUGCCGUCACACCGCCGCCUGCACCAGCGCGCCGUCUCCUUCAGUGCGAGACCUGUCACCUCCAGGAGGUCGGUGCGGCUGACGGUGCUGCCUGCGCAGAACGGCACGACCAACAUGUCCACGUCACACGGCGGCCUGCUCGAGGUGCACAGCUCCUUCAACAGCGUCGAGCAGGACGUGCACGACCGCGAACACGACCAACAGAAUGGCCUGGUGCCCACACAAGACAUCCCCGUGUUCACCGGCGUGCCAGCACGUCCUACUCUGGCAUCUGUGCCAGUAUUGCAAGGUGUUGGCAGUGGAGGCAACUUGACAACACAGUUUGGAAUCCGCCCACUACAGCAGCAGCUCUUUCACGUGGUACCGGGUAGGAAGGGCACCAAGCCGAAUCCAGGCCGUGCACUGUUGGCAGCAGUAGGUGCCGGGGUGUUACCUGCUACUGUGGCCAUGUUGGUACCCCUGGCACUCGGACGCCGAAGGCGGAGAAGCAUCUACGGAGGGGAAUACCCCAGUAAGGACUGGUUGCUUGUUCCAGACACUACCACAUUCAGCAGGAGGAAUAAAACAUCAGUAAAACCAACACAAGAUGGUGGAAUGCAUGGUAGUAGCCACAUUAAGGGACACAUUAAGGGAGAGUUUGAUUGA